UCGGUAUUCUCAACGUUGACAUUUCACACUAAUCAAACUCACUUCCAGAUUUUACUGGUUUCUAGAUUUAAUUCCCUAGAAGUUAUCCAUCCCUAACGUGUGUCCCAAUUUAUUCCCCACAUGUGGGACCUGAAAACAAACGACUUGGUAUCUAACCCCAAGGGAAGAUUGUCUGUAUUUCUUGUUGAAAGAAAUCCACGUGGAAUUGUGGGAAACAAAUCAAUGCCAUUCUAAACGAUUACAACCUAUCUUCAAGCCUGUACACAUCACUCACUGUUAUUAUUACCUAUCUUUGUGUUUUGGGUAGAAUGUUUUAAUCACUAGGUGUUGGAAAAGGCCACUGAUGGGCAGCCAAUAGCCCAUGAACUGUGUAUUUUUAUUGAUCCUUUUAAUGUAGGAUUUUUGUAUUCAUGCUACACCCUUUUUGUAAUUCUUUGAAAGAAAACUGAUACUGUAACAUAUGGUUUGGCCUCUAUGACUCUGCAUCUCUAUGUGUACUACAAGUGAUAUGACUGAUUGAGAGAUGGAGGUCUAAGUGCUUGCCGCAUGAGCAAUGGGAAUUGCAAUGUAGGUUUUCAGCCUGCACAAGCACGAGAGGCAUAGCAUUGAAACAAGAGCCUAUUUGAUCUGAGGCCCAUCAAGAGAAUUGGUUUAAGCCAUUUGUUUCUGUCAUCUGUCAGAAAUGGCAUUUGGGAAGAAUGCGCGGAAGGAAAAACAUUCUUUUUCUUGUUUUUCUACAACAACAAUUGUUGUUUUUGUGGCAUUCUGCUUGAUUGGAGUCUGGAUGAUGAUGUCCUCAUCUUUGGUGCCAGCACAGAGAGUGACUUUGCUUGUUAUGGGUAGUAACUCAGAAGUGAAGGAGAAAUCAAAUGGUUCUCAGACCUUUGAAGAAAGUCCAGGAGAUCUAACAGAUGAUGCGAUCAAAGGAGAUGAUAGUGCUUCUAUCCAGAAGGCUGAAAAGACAUCAGAGAACACUGAUGAAUCAGCAGAAGAAUCCAGAGAGCAAUUUGGGGAAGUAAAAAAAAGCGAAGUAAGUAAUAGCAAUAACAAGGACAUUGAACAGAUGACGGCAAAUGAGAAUAAAGAGGUCAAUGAAAACAUUAUUGAGAAACUAGAUGAUAAAUUUGGGAAUUGGGACAAUAAAAUGAUUGAUGAUGGUCAAGCGGAAAAGCAAGAUGAUGCUGCCAGUGAAAGUGGGAAUAGCCAAACAAAAGAAGAGAAUGUCAAAGAUUUGAAAUUGCCUGAAUCAUUGCCUAAUGGUGCCGGAAAUGAGCUUUUGAAGGAAAACCAAAUAGAACCUGGAAACUGGGCAACACAAACAACUGAAUCAAAGAUAGAACAAGCUGAUGAGGUAAUCAAUCAUGAGAAGAAGAGUGAAAAAGAGCCAAAGGAAUUAGAGAAAGUAGAUAAAGAACAGAGUAGUGGAGAUGCUGGAUACAAGUACAGCUGGAAAGUUUGCAAUGUUUCAGCUGGUCCAGAUUACAUUCCCUGUCUAGAUAAUGAAGUGGCUAUUAGACAGCUUCACAGUACUGGACACUAUGAGCAUCGGGAACGACAUUGCCCUGAAGAUCCCCCUACAUGUCUUGUUCCUCUCCCUGAAGGGUACAAAAAGCCAAUAAAAUGGCCCAAAAGCAGAGAUAUGAUAUGGUACAACAAUGUUCCCCACACCAAGCUUGCAAUUGUCAAAAAGCAUCAAAACUGGCUGAGGGUAUCAGGGAAAUAUCUUACUUUCCCUGGUGGUGGAACUCAAUUCAAAAAUGGAGCUCUUCAUUACAUUGAUUUUAUUCAAGAGAUUGUACCUGACAUUGCAUGGGGUAAGCAUAGUCGGGUAGUGUUGGAUGUUGGCUGUGGUGUUGCCAGUUUAGGAGGAUUUCUCUUUGAAAGAGAUGUUUUAACUAUGUCCUUUGCACCGAAGGAUGAGCAUGAAGCACAAGUUCAGCUUGCUCUGGAACGAGGAAUCCCUGCAAUAUCUGCAGUCAUGGGCACCCAAAGGCUUCCCUUUCCAAGUGUUGUCUUUGAUAUUGUGCAUUGUGCCAGAUGCAGGGUCCCAUGGCAUGCUGAUGGUGGCAGGCUUCUUUUGGAGUUAGAUCGUGUUUUAAGACCUGGGGGCUACUUUGUAUGGUCAGCCACUCCUGUUUAUCAAAAACUAGCUGAGGAUGUUGGUAUCUGGAAAGCUAUGUCGGCUUUAACGAAAUCCAUGUGUUGGAAUCUUGUUGAAAAGAAAAAGGAUAGAGUGAAUGCAGUAGGUAUUGCUAUCUAUCAGAAACCGACGUCUAACACUUGCUAUGAACUAAGAAGGAACCAAGAACCUCCUUUGUGUGAAGAGAGUGAUGACCCCAAUGCAGCAUGGUAUGUUCCUCUGAAGAGCUGCAUGCAUAAGGUGCCAACUGGUGAUGGUGAGCGUGAGCGUGGGACUGAAUGGCCAGAAGAAUGGCCUCAAAGGCUUGACAAAGCUCCAUAUUGGUUGAACAAUGAACGAGCUGGAGUAUAUGGCAAACAAGCAGCAAUGGAUUUCAUAUCAGAUUCUGAACAUUGGAAACGAGUUGUUUUUAAGUCUUAUCUCAAUAAAAUGGGAAUUGACUGGUCUAGUGUUCGGAAUGUUAUGGAUAUGAAAGCAGUCUAUGGGGGAUUUGCAGCUGCUUUGGCAGGAAAGAAGCUUUGGGUAAUGAAUGUUGUGCCAAUAGAUUCCCCUGAUACACUUCCUAUUAUCUAUGACCGUGGUCUUAUUGGUAUUCAUCACGACUGGUGUCAAUCUUUCAGCACUUAUCCUAGGACAUAUGAUCUCUUGCAUGCGGAUCACCUCUUCUCCAAGCUUAAGCAAAGGUGUCCACUGGUUCCUGUAAUGGCAGAAAUUGAUAGAAUAUUAAGGCCAGGGGGUUCUGCUAUUUUUCGAGAUAAAAUAGAGACAAUAAAUGAAUUGGAAGGCAUGGUAAUUUCAAUGCAUUGGGAAGUUAGAUUUACCUAUUCACAAGAUCAGGAAGGGAUACUCCGUGCACAGAAGACUAUGUGGCGCCCAACAUCCUCCUAAAACAACAUUUGUAAGCACUGCUCAGUUCUUACCAAGAUUCAGAUGAUACAAGAAGUCUUAGAUCUCAUCUGCCUUGGUUUUUUCACUUUCUCAUAAUUUUGUAAUGGCUAUGAACUUGAAUGUGCUUGAAUGAAGCAUAUAAAAUAUAUUUGUUUAAGGUUUUUGUCCUUUUGUUCAUUUGUUGAUUCUAUAGGGCUUUGGCUAAGAUUAGAUAGGGAGAUGAACAUGCUACAAGGAGAAAAUGUUAUUAAUUUGUAUAGAGAUUAUUCAAAUGUGCUCGCAUUAUUACAUAACUAGAAAUGGGAAAAUGAUAACCGGAAGGGUUAUUAACUUA